AUGGUGCUCGCUGUUGACCUUCUCAACCCUUCAGCGGCCUCUGAGGCCAAGAAGCACAAGCUCAAGACCCUUGUUCCUCAGCCCCGAUCCUUCUUCAUGGACGUCAAGUGCCCCGGCUGCUUCACCAUCACCACCGUCUUCUCUCACGCCCAGACCGUUGUCAUCUGCCAGGGAUGCACCACCGUUCUGUGCCAGCCUACCGGUGGUAAGGCCAGAUUAACCGAGGGCUGCUCUUUCCGAAGAAAGUAA